UAAACCUGUUGAUGGCUGUUGACUGCUGUUGAUGGCUGUUGACUGCUGAUGACUGCAAUAGGUUGUGAUGGAUCCCCCACCUCACUGCUUUAACCUCAGAGGCUCUCCCUGUGCUUCUCCACAAACAGGAGAAAAAAACCUCCAGAGUCCAAAUUGGACUUGUCUCCAGAGUACCUCAGGCUCUGCGUUGACAACCUAUGGCCACCAGUGGGGUCUCCCUCCCUGGGAUCCCUACUGCUACAGUGUGCCUCUCCCUUAGGCAACUAUGUGGCUCCUUCGGCUUCGCUAACCAGCCCUUUGUAUGACAGGAGAAACAGCAAACAGUUUCCUCUUCCCCAGGAAAGCUUUGUUCUCCCCUCUUUGUCACACCUCUGAAGGUACUGAGACACUGCCGAGUCAGUGAACGUUUAAGCACAUUUAACUUUAUUAGUUAACUUAUAAACAUGAGUUUCUUUGGUUCUUAAAAGCACAUAUCUUCUUUUUAUUUAACACAGUUUUCUUCAUACAGCUCCUGCAUCCCUCUUUAACACUCUACCCUCUACCAACUCCCUAACUCCCAACUGUCAAUUGCCAACCACCUCCCUGACCAAACCGCUCCUCUCUCCUUUUAAACUGGGAACAGUCCCGCCCCCAUCAGAAUGUUAUGUCAGUCAGGCUGGAGGUGGAUUAACUCUUUUCCAGCCAGGUAGGAAUAAAUAUUUCAAAACUGUGUCAAUCCGUUACAUAGGUCCUGUGGGAUGAGUCUUUUAGAUGAGUCUUGCCUAAAAGGUGGGUCUCCGGCGGUUGUCGGAUUUAGAAUCCUAGUGUUGGAAGGGACCCUGAGGAUCAACAUAGUCCUGGACUACGCAGCUUCCCGUUACAGGGAUCAAACCUGCAACCUUGGCAUUAUCAGCACCAUGCUGUAACCAACUGAGCUAUCCAGCUUCUCAGGGCACCUCCCAUCAUCCCUAGCUAGCAGGACCAGCGGUCGGGGAUGAUCGGAAUUGUAGUCCAAUGACCGCCGGAGACCCAAAUUUGAGAAACACUGGCCCAGAGGUUACCAGGUGGCUGAAGGCUGGUCUCUACACUGACCAGCAGUGGGCUCUCCAGGUUAGGGAAUGUUCCCCUUCCUACCUGGAGAGCCUGGGUUUUCUGCUUGCUGGAUACGUGCUCUGCCACUGAACUUAGGCCAGGCAUCCCCAAACUUCGGCCCUCCAGAUGUUUUGGACUACAAUUCCCAUCACCCCUGACCACUGGUCCUGUUAGCUAGGGAUCAUGGGAGUUGUAGGCCAAAACAUCUGGAGGGCCGCAGUUUGGGGGUGCCUGGCUUAGGCUUUUCUCCUUUAUUUCUUUUUAGCCCCCCAACCUCUUUGCUCCCCCCUUCUCCUCUCAUAUCCCAGUGGGCUCUUUCUGCAAUCAUCACCCAACGACUUCCCCCUCACUGUCUGCUCAUGCCCUCUUGGGAACGCCCUGCGUGGAAGAGGGUGGUGUGGUGUGGUUUUUUUUUUUAAGGGUGGGGGAGGAGGGAAGGAGAGGUAGCCCACCCAAGUGUCCUGGGUGGGAAUCAGGGGCAGAAGCGGCAGAGAUUGUAGGGAAUCAGAGCAGUUGGGCGGCGGAAAUCCAGGGCGCGGGCGCCCGGCACUGGCAGAUCUGCCAUCAGAGCUAAUCGUGCAGAGUGCGGCCGGUCAGACAGCAUUCCUAAAGAGGGUAGUUUUCAAAAGCCGGCCAUUAAUACCGGGAGGCAUUAUGGUAACAGUGCGCCAUUAGGAAAAAUUAGUUCUAUCAUUGCACGCAGCUCGCUUUUAGAGCCUGAUGAUGAGAAAUUCCACAGCUAAUGGCUUUCGAGAGAACCAAAUGCCCGCUGCGGGCAACAUGCCAUAUUGCCAUGAAUACAAGCAGCCCUCAAACAGCCCCUCCUUCCCUGGGAGCUGUUCUUUCUUCUUGCCGGAGUUGAAAUCCACCCCAACCCAUCCUCCUCUCCUUUGCCACCACCCUCUGAAACUGGCUCCGUUUAACAAUAUAGCAGUCACAUUGGGAGAACAGUCGUACUCGGCUCCUGAACGCCUUGGGAGUUGAAUGUUCCGGCUCCCGAAUGAUCGAAACCCGGAAGCUGGAAUGGGUGGAAAUCAUAGAGCCUCGGACGCGGGAGCGCAUGUACGCCAACCUGAUCACAGGGGAGUGCGUCUGGGACCCCCCUGCCGGCGUUCGCAUCAAGCGCACCAACGAGAACCAGUGGUGGGAGCUCUUUGACCCCAACACCUCGCGAUUCUACUACUACAAUGCCUCCACCCAGCGGACCGUGUGGCACCGGCCCCAGAACUGCGACAUCAUCCCCCUGGCCAAGCUCCAGACCCUGAAGCAGAACACCGAGUCCCCCCGGGCGUCCACCGAGAACAGCCCCGGGCGCAGCAGCAAUGUCAGCCGCGAGGGCAGCACCAGCUCCUCCCAGGAGCAGGAGCUGGAGGGCGGCGGGGAGAAAGCGCAGGAGCAGAGUCGGACCCAUCGGCAGCCUUCCCAGUUCGCCACCGUCAAAGAAGAAACAGAAAGUUCCUCGCCUCCCGGAGUUUUCGAAAAGGAAUACGAGAUCUAUCGGGAUUAUGGCUCCGACGGGCAGCGGCUGCAAUACAGGGCAUCAUCUCUCCGGUGGAACACGGGGACCAAGGAGCGGAUGCUCAUCAAGGUGACGGACCGUGAGCCCAGCUUCCUCAUGCACCAGGGCAACGGCUACACCCCCGACAACCAGCAGGGCACGCGGUCGCGCCGGCCCUCGGGCGGCCAGCCGUCCCCCAACCUCCAGACUUUUGCCCCCGACUCGGACAACUCUGUCUUCUUCCCAGAGAGGAAGCAGUCGCCCUUUCUGAAGCGGGCUGAGCACGUCGGCAGCUGCUCCCCGCUGCUGGGGCGGGGCGACUCCUUCUGCUCCCCGCUCCAGGCCCAGCACCGCAAGCACUCCAGUGAGUCGCAGCCGUCGUCUCCGCGCUACGCCUACGAGCCGCCCUUGUACGAGGAGCCACCCAUGGAGUACCAGGCUCCCAUCUACGACGAGCCGCCCGUGGACAUGCAGUUUGAGGCCAGCGGGAGCUACAAGGCCGGCUCACCGCAGAAGUCCCCGAUCCGCAAGCCACACCCUUUCCUGCAGUCACCCAAGCAGGGCUCCAACUCCCCCUACCAGCAGCUGGUCCUGACCAAGCAGAAAGGGCCCGACCGCUUCAUGAGCCUGGAGUACAGCCCCGCCGGCAAGGAGUACGUCCGGCAGCUGGUCUACGUCGAGCAGUCGGGCUCCAGCCCCAAGAUGAAGACUGGCUUGCGGCACAAAUACUCGCCGAACCCCAUCGGUGGCUCCUACUCUCUCCAGCACAGCCCUUGCUUGGUGAGGGACCAGCGGCUGGAGGUCAAGUCUGGGGACUACAGCAGCAUGGAAGGGGCGGACUUCCGGCACAGCCCGCCCGUCUCGCAGGGGGAUGACUCCAUGUCGUGGUCCAGCCAGCAUAACACCAUGUCCUCCACAGGCUACUCGCCCGGCACGCGCAAGAGAAAGAGCCGGAAGCCGUCGCUCUCGUACGACCCCAACGCCUCCUCCACUGACGGCUCGGGCGAGCGGGAGGAAGGGCUGGCGGAGGAGAGGCUGCCCUCGGGCUGCAGCCGGCCUCAGAUGAACCGCAUGGAGAGCCGGUCGGUGGAGGCCGAGUCGACCCGGGGCUUCCCCGAGCCCUUCCUGGCCCAGGCCCGGCUGGCAUGGGAGGCCCAGCAAGCCCACUACCACAUGCGGCAGAGGAGCAGCUGGGACUCGCAGAAGGACGGCUCCGGCUACGAGAGCGACGGAGCGGUGCCCCUCCCCAUGCCGGGCCCCGUGGUGCGGGCCUUCAGCGAGGAUGAGGCACUGGCCCAGCAGGAGAACAAGCACUGGAAGCGCAACACCUUCGAGAAGCUUGGCUUCCCCCAGAUCCUGCUGGAGAAAAGCGUGUCGGUGCAGACCAACCUGGCGUCGCCCGAGCCGUACCUCCAUCCGUCCCAGUCGGAGGACCUGGGCGCCUGUGCGCAGUUUGAGAGCAGCCGGCAGAACCGGAACAUGAUGCCUAGCACCAGCUGUGUCUUCCCCACCUUCAACCUGCGGAAGCCUUCCUCGGAGACGGACAUCGAGAACUGGGCCUCCAAGCACUUCAACAAGCACACGCAGGGCCUCUUCCGCCGCAAGGUCUCCAUUGCCAACAUGCUGGCCUGGAGCAGCGAGUCCAUCAAGAAGCCCAUGAUCAUGACCACCGACCGCAACGUCAAGAAGGAAGCGUGCGAGAUCUUCAAGCUCAUCCAGAUGUACAUGGGCGACCGGAGGGCCAAGGCGGACCAGCUCAACGUGGCCCUGGAGAUCGCCACCAAGGGCUGGAGCAUGCAGGGCCUCCGGGACGAACUCUACAUCCAGCUGUGCCGGCAGACCACCGAGAACUUCCGCUACGAGAGCCUCGCGCGGGGCUGGGAGCUCAUGUCCAUCUGCCUGGCUUUCUUCCCUCCCACGCCCAAGUUCCACUCCUACCUAGAAGGGUACAUCUAUAGGCACAUGGAUCCGGUGCACGACACGAAAGUGACUCAGCACAUUAAAGAACUCCUGGAAAGGAACAAUAAGAAGUCGUCCAAAUUGAGAAAGAAACCCAAGCCCUAUAUGGAGGAACGCCAUGGGGUGGCAAUAAGCACUUAUGCCAAGUACUGUUACAGCAAGCUCCAGAAAGCAGCAUUGACCGGCGCCAAAAAGGGCCUGAAGAAGCCAAACAUCGAAGAGAUCCGGCACGCCAAGAAUGCCGUCUUCAGCCCUUCGAUGUUCGGCAGCUCCCUGCUAGAGAUCAUGAACAUGCAGAAGGAGAGGUACCCCGACCGCCAGCUCCCAUGGGUGCAGACGAGGCUGUCGGAGGAGGUGCUGGCCUUAAACGGAGACCAGACCGAGGGCAUCUUCAGAGUCCCUGGAGACAUCGAUGAGGUCAACGCCCUCAAGCUGCAGGUCGACCAGUGGAAAAUCCCCACCGGCUUGGAAGACCCUCACGUCCCCGCCUCCUUGCUGAAACUCUGGUAUCGAGAGCUGGAGGAGCCCCUGAUCCCCCACGACUUCUAUGAACAGUGCAUCACCCAUUACGAGAACCCCGAAGCCGCGAUUGCCGUCGUCCACUCCAUGCCCAGGAUCAACAAGAUGGUGCUCUGCUACCUCAUCCGCUUCCUCCAGGUGUUUGUGCAGCCGGCCAACGUGGCGGUCACCAAAAUGGACGUCAACAACUUGGCCAUGGUGAUGGCCCCCAACUGCCUGCGCUGCCAGUCGGAUGACCCGCGCAUCAUUUUCGAGAACACCCGCAAGGAAAUGUCCUUUAUCCGGGUCCUGAUCCAGCACUUGGACACGAGCUUCAUGGAAGGGGUCCUAUAGCGCUGGUGCCAGCGGAGCCCGGACAGAACUGGGCGUAUCGCCGACCCGUCAAAAGCCCCACCACCCACCCCCAAACCUCCACCCCAAAGCCAGCCAGUCCGCCAGAACUGUUUUUGACGCAGCAAAGGAAACGUCCUCGGUCGGCAGCCGGGCAGAGCGAGAGCGAGAGGGAGGUCACUCUGGGUUUUGCCCACCUGGCCUGCCUCUCCGGCGAGCCCCUGAUGUGCUGCUUCUGCUGUGGACAAAACGACCCACACUGCCCCACAGCAGCCCCCUGCCUGGAGACGGAGCAGUCCAGUCGGGAGGAACAGCAAGCCUUCCUCACAGGAUUGUUCUGAUCCGAAGAGUCUGCAUUAAUGGGCAACCUGGCAAGAUUCAGGUGAACUGUGGGGUUGAGCGGGGAGAGGCAGAGACUGCCUUCCUCCUCCCCAACCUGCACUUUUCGUGGGGAAGGGGUCAGGACAGGAGUUGGGGGGUGGCGUGGAGCAUAAAGGCAAGUAGGGGAGUAUUGGGGUUCAGCACGGGGCCUCUGAUUUCCAAGGUGACCCUUUUGAGACCAGAGGGGAGGCGCCCAGAGCACGUGGUCAUCACGCACAAGGUGGAAGGAGGGUGCCCCCCACCCGCAGGUCAGAUCCCCAUUAGUCCAGACCCUCUCGAGGUGGCUGCCAGGUAAGAUAGGUACGUCUGCUGCUCUGUCAACCAGAGAUCUCCACCUUCCCAGGCUGUCUCCCAUACUGGACGGGCCUGGCGGGAGUUGUAGUUCAGGCUGGCCACCUCCGACCCAAGGCGCUGGGUUGAACGAACGUGAGGGACGGAACCACGCAGACCUGGGCGCCCUUUUUGGCGCAGUCCUCCGACCCGUUUCCCUUCCCUGUUUCCAGCACAGUCACUGCCAAAAGGGGCCAAAGCCAUGGUCUCCCCAACACUUUCUCCCCCCCCCUCCCAUCGCCCCAGAGAAUGGGCCGGUUAUGCUGUCAGGCCCCCGCAGUGGGAUUUCGGAGCUGGCCAUUGAGGAACAUUCUGCUGUGUUGGUGCGCCCCGUCCAGAACCCUCUGCCUCCUUUGCCUAUUUGUGCAGCCUGCACCAGAUUUCUGUGUGGGGCAGCCAAGGCCCACAGACUCUCCUUUCUCCGCCUCUCCUGGAAUGGCUGGUUAAAUUUGGGUUGCAUCUCUGUGGGUUGUGUUGGGAGAGGGGGUACAGCAGCCCUGCCGGGUCCCAUGGGGGCUGCGCCUGUGCUCCCCACCUAGCAGAAGGCCUGGCGUUUCCCCUCCGCCGCAUGCAAACUUCUGUUUCGGGAGCUGUCUCAGCAUUAAAGAAGCAUGGAAUUGGGGGUCGGGAGGCAUUUCCACACGAGUCGACGUUGGAGGCCGGCCAGGCUGCCCAUUGCACUUUGAACCCUGGGUUUAUGUCAUGCGUAAGACUCCUUUCCCCUAAAUUCUUGCUUUACUGGUGGCAGUUCCUAAUGAAGGCCCCGGAACCCUUGUUUCAAAAGGAGGCUUAAAAAAACUGCUUUCUUUCCAUUUGGGGUGAGGGGUGGACUUUGCCCCCCCCCUUUCCAAAACGUUGCCUCCUAAGGGGAAGAAACAAAAGCACGUUUUGGGGGGAUGCCUUCCCGGCACUGAGAAUCUGGGCAUAUUUUGGCUUUCUAUCCUACAUAACUAUUUCUCCUCUUUUGGAGCUGCACUGUAGCAUCUUGGCAGGAGUCUUAAUUCUCAUAUUAUUCCAAUGGAGGCUAGCUUUCUACAAGGAAAAUAACACCUCCCACAAUUUCAGGGCGAUGAAGUUACCCCGUCUCCUUGAAAUGUUUGAGGGCGCCUCUGACUCGAGCUGUGUGGAAAGGCCUCCUGUCCACUCUUAACACUGCCAAGAUCAGACGUUUUCUUUGAUGGAUGCUAUAUGCUCCCAAGAGCCCCUGGGAUGUGUGUGCCAGAAGUCUGUAUGACAGUAAUGCCGUAAGGAGACGCUUGGCACCCCCUUGCCCUGCCUGCAGAACGGUUCCCUGGCCCUCCCUAACAGGCUUGGAUUAUUAUAACAAAAACUGGUGUGGGUGGGUGUGCUCUUGUGCCCCACAAGGGAACACACAAACAGGGGGUUGGACUAGAUGGGGCCCAGAGCGGAGACAUCCCCUCCUGUCCCCACUUAAGCCCUUCAAAGUGAAGUUUCUUCCACACCACUGGCCUUCGUCACUCAGAGGGGGCGUCCUCUGCCGUCUGUGGAAACCCCCUCGUUGCUUCCAGAGAACUGGCGUGGCAAUUCUCGAACAGAGCUUCCCCAUCUUCCGAUGGCUGGUUUGGGCAAGGCUGCAGUGGGGCGUCCGAGCAACCACUGCCCCUUGCCAAGAGGGUUUCCUCUUGUGCUUAGACGUCAGGCACGCUUGGGCGUUGCGUGCCGGCUGCUCUGCUUGGCUCUCGAUCUAGAGAAAGUGCCUUUAUCCAACACAGAGAAUUGGCCAGGCCUCCCGCCAACCCCCCGGGCAUACAGAGUCGCUUCUUAAAACACACCCGAGCGUCUCAGAAGAGACUUCCCUGCCUUCAGUAGCUCCUUCGCUUUCUCCCCUCUUUCUUUGCCUGUUCUGGCAUGUUGGAAUAUGGGUGCAAGACGUGUGUCUAUUUCAGCACCGGGGCGUGGUCUCUGCAACUCAUUGCCACAGGAUGAUGCAGUUGCGCAAGCCUAAAGGGUUUUUGCAGAAGGCCUCUGUGGUGAGAGGGCCCAUGAAUGGCGGGGGGCAAACGGCGCCUCUGUAGCCUGGCGAAGUCGAAGGUGCUUUUCCCCCUCUGAGAGCAUAAAUUUUGGAGGUAAAAGUGAGCGGGAGCCAUAUUUGGAGGCAACGUUGAGUGUGAGGAUUGCAAGUUGGAGGUGGAAGGGAGAGUCAGUGGGGGCUUUUAGUAGGGGUUGGGAAGAAGGAAGGUCUCUUGCCAGAGCAGCUCGCUGCAUCGAUUCCCUGCGUCGUCCCAAAUGGGAGCAUGAGCCUUCCAGCCAAAUCACCCAGGGAAUACCCUCCUCUCCUGCCCUAGGAUCGCAGCACCCCCACCCUUCCCCCAGGGACCCAUUGGUGUAGACCCCAUCUCCUUGCUCAGAGAGUUGGCCCCAAGAAGCUGAACGAGACUCUGGAAUCAGAGCUCACAGAGAGAAGUGAUGGCCUCUGUGGUGGCACAACAGUGCCCUGGGGUACUCAGGGCAGUCGCUAUUGGCGUGGAAGCGGCAUUUACCUUCCCGGUGACCUUUUUUGUUGUCAAAGGAGACCGACCCAUUGGCUCUUCCCUUUGGGGAACCCUAAGGAACUUCCUUGACAAGAAGAUCGAUAGUGGCAAGCAAACGACAGCGAUCGUCUUCUCCCCGUGUGGACACAGGCAGGGCGGGGGGGGGGGGAGUAUCCCGUGAGCCAUUUUGGGUGGCCCUGGCCAACGGCCAGACUUAGCAGCCCAACCUGUGAUUUGGAGGACGGCAUUGGAUGCUGUGUAACUCCAGGGACUGAUUUAGGAAAGGGGAUCUUGGAGAGUUAAAUGUGGUGGGGUCGCAGAUCCGCUUGUUGUUGAACUGCAUCUCCCAUCAUCACUGGCUGUUGGCGCUGGGCAACUGGGCCUGAUGGGAGUUGAAGUUCAGUCACAUCUGGAUGGCCAGAGGUUAGGUGUCCCCCCUGCAGAUGUGUCCGGACUCCGUUCUCCAUCUUCCAGGGCCAGAAGGUUCCUGGCUCCCCUCCGCUCAGCCAGUAAGAAUUUAUUAUAUAGAGGUUUAAAGGGUUUUUUUUAUUUAAAAAAAUCCAUUAUAAAUUUGCUAACAACAUAGUUUUAAUCCAGAGGUGUAUAUAUAUCUUAUUACCCAUCACUGGGGCUCUUUAUUUGUAUGGGGGGGGGGCGAAUGCUCUAAACUCUAUCUUUGUUAUUUAUUUUAUUGCUGUUUUUUAGGGUGGGGUGGGGUGGCUUCCUUGAGUUUGACCAAAAAUAUAUUUAUUCCCCCACCCCCACCCACCCUUUUCCGGUGACGAGAGUUUUCUAAUUAAGAUUAAAGGGUUAAAUAGCACCCAUUUACGGUAUGGGCAUUUCACUGUAGCUGCAGAAACUUUCUAGUCCUUUAAAGCAUAACGCAACAGCAAGGUGGUUGAGAGAAGGGAACCAGCAGGAGAAAAGGGUGGAAUUUGGUGAAGUCAGCCCCCCCCCCAGCUUCAUUCCCUUUCCUGGAAUGGGGGGGGGCUCAGCUCCAUGCCCCCCCCCGCUUUCCCCUUGCACCCAACUUCCGCUUCUUCGGUUAAUUUCCAAGCCUAUUUUGCAUUAAGUUAUUUUGUUGAAUGAAGGUAACUUUGCUGCCAUUCCGGGAAACCGGCCAGCAGUUAUUACGGUGUGCCCCUGUCCUUGCCGUGGGUAGUUCUGCCUGUGUGUUUCGCACCCCUCACUUUGACAAUCCAACCACACUUAAAAACCGCAAAGGCACCCGGCUGCAGUGUGCACCUUGCUUUUCACAUUAUGAGCCGCUGUGGACUAGCACCUUGGUGUCGGGCCCAAACUGCUCCCUCCCACCCAUCCCAAACUGGUCUUUUGAAAGCCGCUAGCAAUGCCCCCCUCUCCCUCUCUGCUCUCCAGGAAAGUCAGGGCAGCUCACUGAGCGCACCUAGGCUUAUUGCAACUACCUACCACUGUCCAAAUUUGACAAACCCCCGUUCUUCAGACACAGUGAAGAAAAGAAGGGGUUAAUUGAGACAGGAAUCCUGACUUUGUUUUGGACACUUCUUGAGCAAAGUACCUAAUCUAAACAAGUGCCUUAACACCUUAAUGGCCAUUACCUGUCAUUGACAAAGCUGUAGCCUGAGCCAUUUACAUUUGCAAAUUCCAGUUUGUUUGAAAUCCUAACCCGCUUGGGACAUUUGAGGGGGGGGGGGGCUGUUCAGCUUUCUCUCUCCUUUUUCCUCUUGGGAACUGGCAUUGCAAUUCGCCCAGGUCUGCAUCAUUUUCAUACUUUUGGGCAGCUGUUUCGAGAGACACCACUAUAAAUAAAUAGCUUGCAUCCCUUAACUUUAUUUUAUUUUUAAACGGAGAAACGCAGUGCAUGCCAUGAAUUUAACAGGAGGAACAGAUGGGCAAAUGAGACACAUCCACCACCAAGAGAGUCUAGACCAGGCACCCCCAAACUGCGGCCCUCCAGAUGUUUUGGCCUACAACUCCCAUGAUCCCUAGCUAACAGGACCAGUGGUCGAGGAAGAUGGGAAUUGUAGUCCAAAACAUCUGGAGGGACAAAGUCUGGGGAUGCCUGGUCUGGCGGAUUGCAAGCAGGUCUCUUUUCAAGAGGCCACGUAUCUAAGGGGUCUUAGCUAAACAGCUCCAGCACUGACCCCCCCCCCCAAAAAAACACCCAUGCAUGCCCUUGGGUGAAGCACUCUGAGGUCUAUAGGUGACAGGGGUGGGGGGAAUAUCCACCAGAGUUGAGCUGGAACCAAACAAGACCCAAAUAACAAGUGGGGAGCAGAUGGCGGGAGCAAUUGCUCGACUUUGCUGAAGCAUCAGAGAAGGUCCAGGUGAGGUUGAAGUUUCGCGGAGGUGGAAGCUCAAAGCAGGCCUCUCAAGAACAGUGGGAGAGGACUCCUCUCCUCCUGUCCUCCUUGAGGGCUUCCUGAAGGCAUCUCUGACGUGCCACUGUGGAAUUCAGGAUCCUGGAUUUUGGUCUUGCCCUGGUGGGGCUAUUUUUCCUCUCUUGGGGUGAGCCAUAAGAGUGCUUUGCCAGAGGAAACGGAUGCUGCUUUCUGAGCAACCGGUGGGGAUGUUGCAAGGAACCCUGGGUGCAGUCCUUCUCUUUAUUAAAAAAGCACGGCGGCUCACUCUCCCCCACUACUCCAUGUAGUCGAGUCGGACGGUGUUUUCCCCAUGCAAAUUUAGCAUGACAUAAAGGGGUCACGUACGGGUAGCAGCUAUAGCUUCAAAGGGAUCAACCCCUGGCCCAGUUCCUGAUGCAAACAUUUUUAUUUGGAAAACUAGUGAUGAAAAAUCUAAAAAGCAGACUGAAACAAAACUGUGCUACAGCACAAAGGUCCUAUACCCAUUGCAUUGAGCUCAAUGAGGUUGACUUGCAGUCAGGUUCAGUAUAGGAUUGCAGCUUCAAUUGAUUUCGGCAGGGCCCCGCCUCUCCUGGAGGCUGCCUCAUUUUCAUGACGACUUUUCGAAAAUGCCACUUUAGCCAAAGCGGACACAAACCCGGUUCUUCGGUUCUUGAGCUCCAGCCGCUCAGCAACCAGGUUGCUUUCUUCUUAGGAGUGUCCAAAUGUGUCUUGGGUUCCUUUGGACCCGGCUGCACACUCGCCAACCCACCAGCAGCGACCCAAGUUAAUGAUCUAAAAAUAAUUUGCUCCUUCAACAAAACACAGACACAAUCAUAAACUUAGGCUUCUUUGUAAUGUGUCUGGGAUUAACCACUAAUACCGGUAGUUCUAUAGGAUCAGGAAGGAGAGAGAAGACCCUGGAAUUGGUGAGGAGGGGGAUUCGGGCAAUGAGCUCUGUGCUUUGCCCCCCUUAAUCCCAAACAGCUGGACUCCCCUUGGCAGCUGCUCUCAUUCUGGGCUGCACAGACUUUCUUUUUGACCUACUUAGCAUAGGCAGAGAAGGAGUGUAGGAUUCGCCUUGUGCUAGCAUGUCUUUUACCAGUAGAAUUCUCUGCAAGCAAGGAAAUGGAUUCUCUCUCUCUCUCUCUCUCUUUCUCGUCGCGAACUGUUCAUUAAUCACCCUUAUAAAAUGUGGGGUCUUAGUCCCAACCUCCCUCCACAAAAGAGCACUCUCUGCCUGUGGCACUACCAGAAGUGAUUCAUUCACGUCGCAUCUCAUCACCCGGAGAGACCAGCUUAACGUUUCGAAAGGGUAAAUUGUCUCCGUCUUGUUUCAGCACCAGAAACCGUUGCCAUACUUAAAUGAUCUUAAGCCGUCACUGGUCCUGUGAGAUAUUGUAAUAUUUGCAGUACACAGUAGGAUUUAAAAAAACAAAACA